AUGCGCUCUCUUGCAUCGCUCGCCGUCAUCGCUGCUCUAGGCUAUGAGGCUCUCGCAACCACCGUCCAGAAGACCCUCACCAUAGCUGACUCGGAAUUGAACCCAGACGGCUUCUCUCGAACUGGUGUCACAGUGAACGGCCAAUUUCCAGGCCCGGUUAUCACAGGCAACGUUGGCGACACAUUUGAGAUCACCGUUGUCAACAAUCUGAAGGACGAGCACCUCCACACCGUCACUACGCUACAUUGGCACGGACUCUUCCAAACCGACAAUAACCAGAUGGACGGUGUGGACACAGUGACACAGUGCCCCAUCUCGCCCACGCCUGGAUCCAAUGCGUUCACGUAUAAGUUCAACACCGGGAGCCAGGCUGGGACGUACUGGUAUCACUCGCAUUACAAGACUCAAUACUGCGAUGGGCUUCGCGGCGCCCUGGUCGUCUAUGAUCCUCAUGAUCCCCAGAAACAUCUAUACGACGUGGACGACGAGUCCACGAUAAUCUCUCUCAGUGAUUGGUACCAUUUUGCAUCCCCACAGGCUCCCAUUAUUGUAUUCUUCAACUCUACUCUCAUCAACGGAAAAGGCCGUUACCUAGAUCCAUUUGGCAAGGAUCUGACUAGCGAGCUUGCUGUUGUGAAUGUGAAGAAAGGCACCCGCUAUCGUAUGCGCCUGAUCUCCAUGUCUUGCGACCCGAAUUAUACAUUCAGCAUCGACAAGCAUCAGAUGACCAUCAUCGAAGUUGAAGGGACGAACGUUCAACCACUCGUAGUUGACCAAAUCCAGAUAUUCGCCGGCCAACGCUACUCAUUCGUCCUCAACGCCAAUCAGCCUGUUGAUAACUACUGGAUUCGUGCUUUCCCCGACUCUGCGAGCCCCAACAUGAUGGCACAGACGUUUGAGCACGGUCUCAACCAGGCUAUUCUCCGCUACAAAGGCGCUCGCGAUAUAGAACCAACGACCACCAACUCCUCGACCAUGCCCCUCGUCGAGACUAACCUCCGCCCACUCACGCCUAUCCCGGUACCUGGAAAGCAUGCCGUUGGUGGUGCGGACUCGACCUUGACGCUCAACAUUGAGUUCGACGACGCGACCGGGUUCGCCGUCAAUAACGUUCCGUACACUGCACCUUCGGUCCCCAUCUUACUGCAAAUCCUGAGUGGCAAUACGAGCGCGCAAGAGUUACUGCCGCAGGGCAGCAUCUACAAUCUUGAUCCCAACUCAGUUGUCGACAUCGUCAUGCCGGGAGGUUCCCGCGGAGGGCCGCACCCUAUGCACCUUCACGGACAUAGCUUCUGGGUUAUUCGUAGCGCCGGGAACUCCAGCUACAACUUCGAGAACCCAAUCGUUCGCGAUGUCGUCUCCAUCGGGAACAACCCUACGGACGACGUCACUAUCCGGUUUCAAGCCAAUAAUCCUGGACCCUGGUUUCUCCACUGCCACGUUGAUUGGCACUUGAACACCGGCCUAGGCGUUGUUCUGGCCGAUUCAAUCACUGAGGUCGCGUCUCAUGUCCGUGUGAACUCGAACUGGGACGCUCUAUGCCCUACCUACAACAAGUUCAUUGCUACGCAUGCCAACUCUCUAUAG